AUGGCCCCGGUCCCCCAGAAUGAGGCUGAAGUGGACAGCCAUACUUCGGACUUGGCUAGCCAGGACUCUCCACUGCGCCGACAAUUCUCCGAGCCCAUACAUGCUCGCUCAACGUCUACCCAGGCCUCCCCCUCGCCCUCCCCCGUGGCUCACCCAUUUGAAUGCCCACGGUGUACCAAGUACUUUGAGCCAGCUGAUGGCUUCGAUCCAAGCGAGGCUCUGAAAAACCACAUAGCUUCCAGUGAGGUUGAAGGUGAAGACCAUGCCGAAGUGACGGAGAAUGGCGUGACUGGAGGAACUUACCACGACAAAGACCCAAGCCUCGAUGGCGACGAUCUGGAGGCCGACGGCCCUGAAGCCGACGCGCUUUCGAAUCAACUGCAUGAAUUCUCGCGCGACCAGGAUCCAAUUACGCUGGAUCAACGUCUCCAAAAUUUGUGGAACGUCCAUGACAUCCGCAACUUCUCCAGCGACUAUGACGAGAAAGCGACCAGCCUGGACCAAUCCUGGACCGCGGUCCUCCAGGACCCGAAGCGUACGAAGAAACGCGAGACUGUCGAAUUUGCGGAACGCCCCGAACCGUAUCGGAAGCCCAAGGCGGCCAAAGGGGAGUUUCUCGAAAUCACGGCCUUGGAAGACUUUCUGGCCCAGCUGCGGGACCCUGAGCAGCGCUCGACGGAAGAGUUGUAUGCCAUUACGGAAAACGUUGCUUAUGCCCUGAAAGCCUGGCAGGAUGAGUACCUAGCCAUCGAAAAGCUACACAAGCUGGCGACGCGGCACAACGCCAAACCGAUCAGUGACCCCAGGAAGCUGCUCCGACCUCAGGUCUUUGAAGACAAGAAGGAGGCCAUGCUGUAUGGCUACAAAUACGAGGCCAAGGAGGACAAGGUAGGCAGCCAGAACCCGUUUACGCAGGGCGGGUUCAAACCGACGCCAGCCCAAUUUCGAAAGAUGACGGCCAAGAUCGGGGCGAACCACCCCAACCCGGAUGGCUGGCGGACGAUCAUGCGUUUCGGGGUCGAACACGUGCCCAAGUUCCAGAACCCGCCGCGCGAAGAGUUCGUCGGCAAGGCGACUCGCAAGCGCAAAGCCGCGGAGCUGGAGGCGGCCAACCGGGAGAUGGCAGCCUCGGGGUCCGACGAAGCCGCCGUCGAGACACCUACUCAGACCGAUGUCGAAGAGUAUGGGGUCCGGCGGCGCACACGUGGCCGUCGUCCGGGCACCGACGACGAUGGCCUGGUGUCUAUUCCCACCCGAGGCGCGCUGCGCGGACGUGGUAGUGGGCGCGGGCGUGGGAGAGGCGCUGCUCGCGUUGGGGCUUUUAUUUCGACGGAGCCCUCCCAGCAAUUGACAGCUAUGACCUCGGUUGCCCGGCCAUCAUCCGGACGGGUUGAAAACGCUCCUGGCCUUCAAGCCCGGCCGCCCACCACCCAUCUGGCCCUGAUUGAACCGGCGCCCGCGGUGACUGUGGCUCCUGCCGACUCUCCGGUUGGAGCGCAGGGGGACGGGAUGGACCCGGCCGAGCAGGCCCGAAGACAGAAGAUCGCCAACUCGAAGAACCCGAAGCGAACGGAGGCAAUGCUGAACCACUGGGCGCGGUUCAACCGGGAGGGUCGAGUGCGCAAUCCCAAACGGUCCAAGGCGCAGAUCGAGGCCGAUCGGGCGGCGGAGGCGGCCAGGAAGGCGACGGAGCCCCCGAAGCCGGGCAAACUCAAGAAGAAGCCCGAGGGCGGGGUGUAUGGCGAGCCGGCUAGACCCAACGCUGGCAUCGCCCCGGCGCCCAUGCCUGCGUCGACGCUGCUGGCCCCUGGUCCUACGCAUCACCAGCUGGCGCCGAUUGCGGCUCCUCGGCCGUCGCUCCCGCCUUACUCCCCGAUCGAUCCUCGAACGGUGGCACCGUUUCCUGGACCGCAUGGGCUUCUGCAGCAAGCGCCGCUCCAGCCAUACCGCACUCCGUAUCCCGAUUACUACAGUCCUUACGGGGCGCCUGCUCCAGGGCUUCCACCAUCGCACCCGCGGCCAACGUGAAGGCGGGUGGAGGAGGAAUCUAAUAGAGGGUGUAUAUCUAAUGGGUUGUUCAUAUGUACCAUCAGUUGAGAAUUGCUUUGAUUUA